AUGGCUGAAGCACCAUUCACACUCUCAGUCCCAGACGCCGACUUGGAGCUACUGCGUACCAAACUCAAGAGCACCCGACUCCCCGAUGAGCUCGUGAACGCGAAAUGGGCCUAUGGUGCACCACUUGGAGAUAUCAAGCAGCUCCUCGAAAGGUGGAAAGAUGGGUUCGACUGGCGUGCGGCUGAGGCAAAGAUCAACGACAUACCUCAGUUCACUAGAGAUAUCGAGGUCGAGGGGUUCGGCACGUUGAACAUUCAUUAUAUCCACCAGAAGAGUCAAGUGAAGAAUGCUAUCCCACUAUUCUUCUCUCAUGGUUGGCCCGGUCAUUUUCUGGAAGUUUCAAAGCUACUUCCUUUGUUGACAGCUGAAUCUCCGGACCAUCCGAGCUUCCAUGUGGUUGCGUUCAGCUUACCUGGAUUCGGCUUCUCUGAAGCUCCGAAGAAAAGGGGCUUUCGUCUUAAACAGUAUGCCGAGGUCGGUCACAAGCUUAUGAUCGCCCUUGGAUAUAACGAAUACGUUGUUCAAGGAGGAGACUGGGGGUUCGGCAUCGUUCGCAACAUGGCUUCUUUGUACGGUGGGAAGCACAUAAAGGCUUGGCAUACCAAUUUCCCUAUGAUGGAUAAACCAUCUUUCAGUUCCCACCCACUGUUAUGGCUUAGAGACCUUUUCACGCCCUACACUGCGCAAGACCGUCUACACAUUGAACGGGCAAUAUACUAUCGGACGAAAUCGUAUGGUUAUUUUGUAGAACAAUCCACUAUGCCUCAGACAAUCGGAUACUCUCUUGCUGAUUCUCCCGUUGGACUCUUGGCUUGGGUGUAUGAGAAGCUCGUCAACUGGACUGACAACUAUCCUUGGACUGAUGAUGAAGUCUUAACCUGGGUAUCGAUCUAUUGGUUCUCUCGAGCAGGUCCUGCAGCCUCGGUCAGAAUCUACUACGAGUUUCAAACCAAGGAAGGGCAAGCCGAUUGGGAAAAUAUCAAAGCACCUACCAUCCCAUUCGGUGUAUCCUACUUCCCUAAGGAGGUGAUAUUUGUUCGCUUCUUCUGGACCCGCCUUCUGGGCAAUCUCGUCUUCAAAUCUACCCCUGACAGAGGAGGACAUUUCGCUGCUCAUGAGAAGCCCGAACUUCUUUCCCGCGAUAUUCGGGCGAUGUUCGGCUCUGGUGGUCCUGCAUUCGGUGUUGUACCAGGCAAGGAUGGAUACAGUGGCAAGUGGCAAGACUGAUGGGAUGCAGGCGUGCACAUUUAGAUCUGUCUGUUGAAGUGUGUUUUCUGCAAUGGCAAUGAUGACUUCAGUGAUGUAUAUGUACACUUUCGCAUUUCGCUCUUGACCUCUUGUUACAUCCACAUACGAAAGUGCCAGAUAAAUAACACACCGAAGAAAUACCACAUGAAUCCAGUCUGUGCGGGACAGUCUAUAUACGGGCGGUAGCAGAUUUUGCACAGAACAGAUCCAAGUUCCGUGAAGAUUGAGCCCUCGAAUGGUCAUCAAAGGUCGUCAGAGGGAAUAGCUAGCCGAAGGUAUGAAGGGUAUGAAAGGAUUAAACAGGCAUUUAACGAGAUGUCAAGUUUCUGAUGCUGGUCAUCUCGCAUAGAGCCUCUGCGACAUGCAGGUCCCGUGUCAUGAAC